AUGAGGAUACUGGACCCCCGCGAUGCGUUCCUCGCAGACUACGAAGUGUUACAGUUUCUGACACAACUACAACGGAAACACAAGUGGGACCCAGCUGGUGUCGACACCCAACAGCAGCAGCAGCAGCAGUUCCGUCGUGGCGUGUACCACAACCCGCCGCUGGAGGCUAUCACUCGGGAUACAGUGGCGUACCUCUCCCAGAACCGCAACGUCGUGGCCGUGCCAGGUGACGGUGACGGUGACGAAACGGCGCAGACUGCAAAGAGCGGGAUCACAAGGCUCACGGAUGCCACGUUUAGCGAAUUGAUGCGGGAAUUGAACAGUUACGAACUGUUGAAAGUGGAGAAGUUACAGAUCGUGAAUCAGUUGCCCACGAAUAUGGUGCACCUGUUUGCGCUCGUCGAAGAAUGCGACGCCCGAUUCUCAGAGGAACAGAUCGAUGCAAUGCUUGCGACCGUGGCACGGUACACGCAAGCAUCGUAG